GCCCCUCCCUAUUCCUAUUUUCUAUUUGUGUUCAUCGUUGUUCACCCCACAUCCAUCUUCCUCUUUGAACUUACGGUGUAUAUAUAUACAUUUAUCUCUGUCGAUCGAGCUUCUCCUAAAUCCCAAACGCAAAUACCUCGCCGGAAGAACUGCUCCAAUUCUAACUGCGGCUCUAUUGCCGAUUAAAUUUACAUACAGAGUAUAUAUUUAAUUUCUUCCUACAUAUACAUAUUGAAGUAGCAAAAACAAUUGAAGACCAGAGGCUCUGGAGCUACGACGAUUAGGUACAUGGACAUUUGGAUACCAUAGCACCGCACCAAGAUAAAGUUGCCGCACCAGGAAAGCAAAGCACUGCACCUCACCUCUGGUAUGGAGUAAUCAUGAAUAUGAUGCAUUUGAGUAGAAGGUAGUAAAUCAGGAAGAAGAAGUCUGAACGCAGAAGUGACAGAGUAGGGUGUAGUGAUUUUGAAAUCCAAGGGGAGAUGGUUCCCUGGGGAGGAGUAACUUGCUGUUUGAGUGCUGCUGCUCUUUAUGUGCUUGGGAGAAGCAGUGGAAGGGAUGCAGAUGCCUUGAAAUCCGUUACCAGGGUCAAUCAUUUGAAGGAUUUAGCACAAUUAUUUGAUACAGCAUCAAAGGUAUUACCUUUGGUUGUCACAAUAUCUGGAAGAGUUAGUUCAGAUACACCAAUCAGCUGCAACAGUGGCUUACGUGGAGUAAUUGUUGAAGAAACAGCCGAGCAACAUUUUCUUAAACACAAUGAUGCUGGUUCAUGGAUACAAGAUUCGGCCGUAAUGCUUUCCAUGUGUAAAGAAGUUCCUUGGUAUUUGGAUGAUGGCACAGGUCGUGCAUUGGUAGUUGGGGCCCGCGGUGCCACGGGUUUGGUAUUGACCGUUGGAAGUGAAGUGUUUGAAGAAGCCGGACGAUCAAUUGGACGUGGGAUGCUAGACUAUCUUCAAGGUCUUAAGAUGCUUGGAGUCAAGAGAGUUGAGCGGGUCCUUCCAGUAGGUAUACCAUUGACAGUAGUUGGUGAGGCAGUUAGAGAUGAUAUAGGUACAAUUCGGAUCCAGAAACCGAGUAAAGGCCCAUUUUAUGUUUCUCCUAAAACAAUUGAUCAGCUCGUCAAUAAUCUUGGGAGAUGGGCAAGGUGGUACAAGUAUGCUUCGAUGGGAUUUACUGUUUUUGGUGUUUAUCUUCUUGCAAAACAUGCUUUUCAGUACAUCAUGGGAAGAAGGCGUCGUUUGGAAUAUCGUAAUAGAGUUCGUGCUGCUGCUGCUGCAAAAAAAUCUGGGCAAGAAGAUGAAGGUGCAAGAGUGGAAAGUAGAUCAGACAGUAAAAAUGAUGGGUUAACACCGGAUUUAUGUGUGAUAUGCUUGGUGGAGGAAUACAAUUCAGUUUUUCUCGAUUGUGGGCAUAUGUGCUGUUGCUUGGCAUGCUCUUCACACUUGACACAUUGCCCGCUCUGCCGCAGACGGAUUGAAAAGGUGGUUCGGACCUACCGUCACUAAGCUGCAUUUAGUUUUUGUUUUUACUCUGCACUUACAAAGACAGACAUGCAUCAUCUGGAUAGCUGUUUGGGAUCCAACAGUUCUCACGACCGUCACAGGAUGAGUUUCAGGCUUGUUGUUUCAUUAGCCUAUUUUUGGAGCUUCAAAUUCAAGACCUGUAAAUAGCACUGACCUGAAAUGGUUUGCAGGUUUGGAUUGUUUAGUGCAACCCAUGCCCCCACCCUUUCAUUCUGAAAGCAUUCUCACAUUUCUCGCAUGUAAAUGGUCAUUUUGCCUUCUUAUAUGAUCUACACGUGAGAUGGUGCCAUGUUUGUGGACAUUCUGGCUGAAAGCCUCAAGGGGUAUUCAGCUUACGCAUACUCAGAACUCAGAACUGCCACUGUGCUUAUUAUCUCAUUUCAGCGCUUACCCCCCACCAUUUUACAUUAUUGCUGAAAUUGUGUUACCAAGGAGGCAAGGAUAUGUCACCAACAUUUCUAAAUUGAAG